AUGACUCUACCGGUAGCGCAAGCGAUGUGCAUGCUUCACUUUCCAGUCCCAGGCGCAUCAGCCCCGCGGGUGCUCAGACAAAUCAAACUCAUGUCCAGCAACCCCCCCGCUGCAGUUGAGGAAUCGCUGGCGAGAAGCUCCACAGCUGUAGUGGGUGCGUCUACGGGUAUCUUCGACGAACGCAAGGUAAGGUACGUCGGGGCAUCAGCAGCCAUGGCAUUCCCACACGUCCUGGGCAUGGCUCUUGGUUCGGGCAGCCCUCCCAAGAUGCGAUCGGUCGCGUACAACUUCGGUAUCCGCCCUGAAGAGGUAUCAGAUGCCCAUUGUGCGCUGGAGAAGCUUAUUUCAGAGGAAGAUCUUGCCUUCUUCUCGGACGUAUAUUUCUCGGUCAUGGCCCCCAUCGGUGACUUGCUAGACCCUGGGAUUUACGCCCAGCGUUGUCACGAUUAUUAUCAUAAACCCAGCAAUCGUGCGAUGGCUUUCAGCGCGGCGGCCGCUGGCAUAGCUGCUCUCGGGUCAUUUCUAUCUCCGAACAGACACCCGCGAGAACCGGAAUUGGUGCAGUACGCCAAAGCUAUUCUCGAUGAUCCAGUCUCCAUGCGCAUGCUCAGUGUUGACCAUAUUGUGGCAUGGGGUAUGAGGGUGUUGUACUUGCGGGCCACUACUCGUCCCAACAAUGCCUGGGUCGCGUCGUGUACGGUUAUGCAUCUGUGCGAAACGGUGGGGUUACACAUGGAUGAGAACAUAAAGAAAAUGGCCGCGAUGGCCGGCGCUGAGGCCCUUGGCCUGGAUGAGGACCGGUUAAGGAGAAUCUUCUGGAUCUCCUGGGCGGGCCAUGUCAUGCUUUCCUAUGAGCAGGACCGUUCCGCCGUUCAGUUUCGGGUGGUCACUUGCCAACCUAUCCUUUCAGUGCCAGGGUCUGUUGCUGAUCAAUUCGUCCAACUGAUCCAGAUAAUCCCAUCUCAGAAUUCCCCCUUUAGCCUUGGCUGCACUGCCUCUGAUUCAGCUGGCGAGUUCUUUGGUCGUCUGAAGGAGUUAGCCAAGCUCCAGUCCGCCCAUCCCUUCCUGGUGGUAACAAAGGCGGACAUUGCGCUCUGCUUUUAUCGUCGAGUAUAUCACCUGAAGACAUACAUACCGGAUGACUUUAUUGAUAUCGUAAUCGAUAGCGGAAGCGCCGCAAUCACAGCGGCUGAACAGCUCGCCAGCCAGGGCCGUCUAUUCUGGAACACCAUAGGCAGUGUUUUUCAGUAUGCCUGCGUCCUGUUGGCCAUCGACACCCCGACUGCCUUCGUACACCUCCCGACUGCCUUCAAGGCCUUGGAAAAUUUGGUCACGAUUGCCGAUACACUACUGACCCGUGAAGCCUUGUCUAUAGCACGGCAUUUGCUCAGCCUUAGUAUGGCCCAAAAACGAAAGCAUUUGGCUCAACUGGAAGCUGUCGAAGCGAGCUACCAGUUACCUCCCCUAUCAGCCUCCCAGUCGACAAACCCUAUACCAGACAUGGGUUGGGAGUUAGAUUGGGAUCAGUUCUUCACUGACCCCUACUUGUCGAUGCUUGGCCCUGAUAUCCAGCUGUAG